AUUCAGCGGUCCAACUCAGUACCUACUCCUUGCUUGUUGCAAAUAUGCAAAUGCAAAUGCAAAUGCAAUCGGCAGAGCGGCAGCAUGCUCUGCCGCAUCAAUGGCUUCGACGUUGCCUGGCGGUAGCGGCAAUGGCGGCGGUCGCGGCGGUGCUUCCUAGUCUGACGCCGGCAGCUGCUAGCGUUUGGGACCUAGGCAGCUAUAAGCUGGAGAAAUUCCUCAAGUUCGCGGAAAUCCAGGACAACGCUUCGGGCGCGGCCUAUAUGCCUGAGAGCGGCACCAUCUGGGUGGUUGUCAACAACCCGCCGGCCCUGAUGCACUACGACCUGAACGCCCGGCUGCUACGGCGUCUGGACCUCGGCUGGCUGGCUGACCCGGAGGAUGUGGUGUACAUGGCACCCGAAACCGUGGCGGUGUCUGAGGAGGAGCCGGGGGGAGGCAUACGCGUGCUGGAUGUCAGCGCCUGGGGCGCCGGCCGGCAGGUGGCCUACAUACCGGCGCGCAACCCGCGGUGGAGCGGCGUGGGUAACGAGGGCCUCGCAUACAACAGCAAAACCAAGACGUUCUAUGUGGGGCAGGAAAAGGCGCCCAAGCGCAUUGUUGCCAUUCCCACAGAGGGCCGGGAAGCGGGUUCCUGGACCACGCUCAUUGACGGGGAUACCGCCUUCAACGGCCUCCUCACGGACAUCGCGGCAGUGGCGUAUGUCGAGGCGCAGCCCGACCAGCUGUACGUGCUGUCACAGGAAAGCAGACGGGUGGUGCGGGUCACCAUGGGCGGUCGCGUGCUGGAGCACAUGGACGUCAAGGGGCUGCGGCCCGAGGGACUGGUCUUCACACCCGACGGCUGCCGCAUGUUGGUCAUCAGCGAGCCAAACGAAUUCGCUAUCUACAGGUCCGACAGCUGCAGUGCUAGGAAGUAGGCCCAGGCAUUACACAGCAGAUUGACAGAAGCACCAGCGGGUCGGUCCGUGCAGCAGUGAGAGAUCCUGAAUUGCGUGCAGGAGCACAUACGGGAUGAGGGCCAGAGAUGCAUGGGUAUACUGAAGCUGCUUUGUGGCGUGGUGCUUCUUGGGAGGUGGCUCGAGCCUGAAGUACCAGUAAGCAUGCUGCGCGCGUAGAGACAAGGGUGUACGGUAUGCGCCUGCGAGUGUGGAGUGUACGGUAUCAGACAUUGCAUGCGAGGAUGGAAACUUCGACAGUGAUGUUUGGCACGUGCGGAGGAAAGACUGGCGGUGUAGUUAGAACUAGGGGUGCGCAUUGAUGAUUGGCAGCGUCUAGGGGCUUGUGACGGUGGGUAGCAUUACAGCAAUUUAGCUGUGUAGACCCGCAAGGACACUGGCCAACACCCGUCAACCCAGCGACCACAUGUCCGUCCUAAAGCCCGCCCCCACACGUCUAGGGCAGGCUAGCGUGUGUGCCAGUAUCGAGUUUGAUGUGCACCUCACAGUAGAGAUGUAGACGGCGAGACGCACGGGAAAAUUGUGCCGCCGGGAAUCUGUAGGAUAGAGCCGAUGAGGUGCCCUGGUUCAGCCUCAUUGAUUAUCGGUACAUACGGACUGCACCCACUGCACCGUGGGGCGCAGGAUUUUGGGGGGGGGGGCAGCAAUGCGCUGGCGUUUGGCGCCCAGAGGGGUGUUGCCUGGUGAUGCCCGGUGUUGCAUCCCUCCACCAGCUCCACGGCCUCCCCUGCGCGGCUGCGCAUCCACCUCUUCCGAGCUGUGACCGUGUGCAGCAGUUGUGCAGUGUGGUGGGGUUAGAGGCGGAGGACUGUAGUGAAGGCGAAGCCGUAACGGAGGGAAUGGAGCCUCUAAGCGAGCU